ACAUGAAGGCCGAGAGCCUUACUUCCUUGACGACAGAGACUCGAGCCCUAGCGAUGAAUGCUUGUGCUACUUUAGUUAGACUAGAUCCUAAGUUGUCAGAGGCAGAGGAAUUUGACCUGAUUAAAACAGCCACUGACUGCUUGUACCCUCUGCCAAAAGAGGGCGCAGCAGUGAAGAAGGGUAAAGAUGAGGUAGAACUAGAGGUGGAGGUCUUACUGGAGUCUUCAUUUGAGGCGCUUUACGAUCUGCUGAGGGAAAUUCUCAAUAAGGACCUCACCACUGAGGGGCUGGACUCCAUAUUUAAGCACCUUGUUCCAUGGCUGUUGUCCACACACAACCACGAGAGAGAAAGAGCCCUGUGUACCUUCCAAGUUUGUGCCCAGUUUCUCUUAGAAAACAUGGAUCCAACCAAAAGUGUAUGUACAUCUUAGUAAUCCA